GAUUAAUUGGACUCGAUGUCGUUGUCCACGAGGCACGAUAGGUGUGUACAUAGUGCUUAGAAGUUCGGAAGAAACAGCGGUAUUAAUUUCGAUACACCAAAUCAGUGAGGCAGGGUUCAUUGAGAAUGAAGAGGAUCGCGAUCCUUCAAACCAGCUUAGGACUGUUGUUCGUGGUUUUUUCAGCCCUUGCACUUUCCCCAGCGAUUCAUCAAAUUGACAUUUCUGAUUACGUAUAUGGGGUAGACCAUGAUCUACAGGCGAGAGCACGUGUUGCCAUCGAGGCUGAGCGAUUCGCUCGUCAAUCAAAAAGCUGGUUGCAAGAUAGAUUAAAGACGACCAAGGAAUCAUGCAAAUCAAUGGAAAGUCCAUGUCCGCCUAGCAAAUAUAGAACACCUUCCGGUGCUUGCAACAAUGUGAGGCAUCCUGCUUGGGGAGCAAGAGGAUCUCCAUAUCUCAAAGUUUUAUCACCUGCUUACGCUGAUGAAAUCAGCAUUCCAAGACAAUCAGUAAGCAGACAUAGUCUACCAUCAUCUCCUGAUGUAGUUUCCAAAGUACGAAGUCAAUUGAAUAUCAAUGAUCAACAUGAAGGUCUCACAAGUCUCACUGGAAUUUGGACCGAGUUGAUACUCAGGGAUAUUUCAACUCCAAUUUAUUCUCAAAAUUUAACUGAUUGUUGCUCAAAUCCACAAAAACAUCCAGAAUGUUAUGAGUCACUGGAUCAAGUUGGAUCAUGUUCCAAUUAUUAUCGUCAAGCACCAACUGUAAGCUCUCAUAUUUGUCGUUUUGAGAAACGAGAGCAAAUGAAUGGAGCCUCCGGCUAUUUGGAUGGUUCCGAUCUCUAUGGAAAUACAGAUGAGAAACUUCACAAUUUAAGGACCUAUAGUCACGGCAAAGUUGAUCCAUUGGGUUGUGAACUCUGUGAAAAUAGACAAUCAGCAUUAGGUCAAAUUUAUCGGGCAUUACUUUCGGAACAUAACAGAAUUGCCGAGAAAUUGGCAUUACAAAAUGAACAUUGGGAUGAAUCAAAAUUAUACCUUGAAGCCCGUAAAGCGGUUGUUGCUCAAAUCCAGCACGUUACUUUUAAUGAAUACGUACCAAGUAUUCUAGGCGAGGCUAUUUAUUCAGAUCCUGAAUUAAGACCAGCCACAAGUGGUUAUUAUUCUGGAUAUUCUUCGACAAAUCGUGGAGGUGCUUUAGAUGCUGUGGCAUUCGCUGCUCUUCAAGUUUUGACUUCAUUGUCAGCACACAAUAAUGAUUCUCUUGAAAAGCACUUGACAUCAUCCUCAAAGCAUGUCAAUUUGGACAUCAGCAAUCAAAUAUCAGAAUUUCCAAAUUGGGAUCCUAGUGCACUUCUCGUUCAAGCUGCCAGAGAUCAUGGAAUUCCAGGAUAUGUUGACUUCAUUUCAUAUUGUUCUGAAAAUAAAAUACAAAUUCAGAAUUUUACAGAAUUGGAAAAAUUGAUUCGUCCAAAAGAUGUGAAAACUCUCGCAGAAAUGUAUUCACGAGUAGAGGACAUUGAUCUUCUUCUCGGUGGAAUUUUGGAAAUUCCACGAGAAAGUGCUGCUGUUGGUCCAACAUUCCUCUGCCUCUUGAAGGAGCAAUUCACAAAACUUCGCAAUUCUGAUCGCUUUUGGUACGAGAACGACAUCCCACCAUCUGGACUUUCGCCAAAUCAAUUAUUGGAAAUUCGAAAGGUUACCCUCGCUGGUAUCUUGUGUGCAAACACCAAAAUUACUAAAAUUCAACACAAAUCCUUCAUUCAACAAGAUCCGUACUUAAACGUUCAAAUUACCUGCAAUCAACACGAAGUCUUGGAUCUAAGUCCCUGGAGUGAGGAACCAAUGCCACUGCCAAUCACCGACAAUUUUAUGAGCACAACCGAAGCUACUGAAAUCACUUCAGAAAUUGAUUCCGAAAUGAUUGCGGCAGCCUUGAAAAAAGCCGAGGAAGAUUUAGUCAAACGACAACAAUUAGAGUAUCAAUCAUGGCUUCAGCAGAGAAUCGCUGAUCCAAAAUCACCAGCUGGUACAGCGGCAAGUUUCUCAAAAGCCAAUAAAGAUGCUCUCCUCUUAGCUAAUUCAUCAAUUAUCUUCGAACUCGCGACAAACGAAAUUCUUAAUGGUCCACAAGGUCUCAAGCGUCGACGACGAAAAAGACAAGCAUUCGACACACCUGACAAUAUUUUAGGAUUUCCCAACAACGAUUUCUCUGAUCUCCUUCAAAAUGUCGAUGUAUCAGGAUUAAUUCCCAAAAAGAAGGCAACAAAUCACGAAGAAGUUGAUUGUCCAGUUGAUGAAUCGCCAUGUGAUCCCAAUACACCCUACAGAACAUUGUCCGGUCAUUGUAACAAUUUACGUAAUCCAAAUUUGGGAAAAUCAUUGACAACAUUCGCAAGACUCUUGCCACCAGCAUACGAUGACGGUGUUUCAAAACCAAAACAAACAUCCGUCACUGGAAAUUCAUUACCAAAUCCACGAACAAUCUCAACAACAAUUCAUCCCGAUAUUUCAAAUUUACACAAUCGUUACACAUUAAUGGUGAUGCAAUAUGCGCAAUUUGUUGAUCAUGAUUUGACAAUGACACCAAUUCAUAAAGGAUUCGCCGAGUCAAUUCCCAGCUGUAGAUCAUGUGAUUCAGCAAGAACAGUACAUCCCGAAUGUAAUCCAUUUCCAAUGCCAGCUGGUGAUCAUUUUUUCCCAACACUCAAUUCAUCGACAGGUGCAAGACUAUGUUUCCCAUCAAUGAGAUCACUACCCGGUCAACAGCAUUUGGGCCCUAGAGAACAAGUAAAUCAAAAUACAGGAUUUUUGGACGCUUCCGUCAUUUAUGGCGAGAACAGUUGCAUUUGUGAUAUUCUUCGUGGAUUUAAUGGUAGAAUGAAUAUUACCUCACAUCCAGGCAGAGGAAAAGAUCUAUUACCACAAUCGCCAACACAUCCGGAAUGCAAGUCACCGUCGGGAUUCUGUUUUAUUGGCGGCGAUGGUCGGGCUUCUGAACAACCUGGAUUGACAGUGAUGCACACCAUUUGGGUCCGAGAGCACAAUCGAAUUAUGGAAGGUCUUCGGAAAGAGAAUCCUCACUGGGAUCAUGAGAAACUCUUCCAGGAAACUCGACGAAUUAUCAGCGCAAUGCUGCAACACAUUACGUAUAACGAAUUUUUACCGAGAAUUUUAGGAUGGAAUGCCAUUAGUUUAUACGGUCUUAAACUUCUUCCUCAAGGUUAUCAUAAAGAAUACUCCCCCACAUGUAAUCCAAGUGUACUUAAUGAAUUCGCAACUGCAGCCUACAGAAUCGGUCAUUCGCUCCUUCGACCCCAUAUCCCUCGUAUGGAUCCAAAUUAUCAACCCGUUGAUCCACCAAUUCUUCUACGAGACGGUUUCUUCAACGUUGACAUGCUCUAUCAACAAGGAAUGUGCGAUGAAAUAAUUCGUGGACUCGCUGCCACACCAAUGGAGACACUUGAUCAAUUCAUCACUGGCGAAGUGACAAAUCAUCUCUUUGAAAAUCAUCAUAUUCCACAUUCUGGAAUCGAUUUAAUUGCCUUGAAUAUUCAACGUGGCCGUGAUCAUGGUUUGCCAACAUACAAUAAUUAUCGUGCUCUUUGUAAUUUGAAACGUGCAUCGACAUUUGAUGAUUUAUCACGUGAAAUGGCACCGGAAGUAAUAGCACGAAUGAAAAAAGUCUACGCCUCUGUGGAUGAUAUUGAUUUAUUCCCCGGUGGAAUGAGUGAAAGACCACUUCAAGGUGGACUUGUUGGUCCCACAUUUGCCUGUAUUAUUGCCAUUCAAUUUAGACAAUCGAGAAAAUGUGAUCGAUUUUGGUAUGAGACUGAUGAUCCUGUUAUUAAAUUCACUGAACAACAAUUGUCCGAAAUAAGAAAAACAACUCUCUCAAAAGUUUUAUGUGAAAAUAUGGAUCAAUCUAAUGAAAUGCAAAGAGCAUCAUUCGAUUUACCGAGUAAUUUCUUGAAUCCACGAGUACCAUGUGGUUCAAUGCCACAUAUGGACUUUUCUGCAUGGCGAGAAACACGUCAAGGAUGUCAAAUCGGUGGAAGGAACGUUGCAAUUGGAGAAUCUGGUUUUCCAACACCCUGCAGCAGUUGCAUCUGUACCACAGAAGGAACGCAAUGCGCAUCCCUACGAGUUACCGACUGCAACCAACUUCUUCGUGAGGCUUCAAGAGAGGCAAUUUUACGCGAUGAUGUCUGCACAGCUCAAUGUGGUUUUGUUCUUGCAGCAACGGAACCAUCGCAAAGAUCACAAUUCUCCUCCAACAAUAAUUUCCAAGGAUUCAAUCAACAACGAAACAAUUUACGUAAUUCCCACACACCAAGUAGCUUUAAUGGUUUUAAAUUACCCGAUCUCUCGCAAUUUGUUGGUUAAAAAAAAAAAUGCGAAAACUGAAAUUUUAAAGACUCAAAAUUAUCAUAUUAGUCUUGAAAGACUCAAUCUCAAAUAUUUGUUAAUUUUUAAUUUUAAUUUUUGCAAAAAAUCACUUUAUUUAAAUAGUCAAAACUUCGAAAAAAAAAUUUAGGUAUUUAAGUUUGAAAAUUAGGAGUGUGAAAGUGUAACUGCGUAAAUGUAAAUAUAGUUGUUAAGAUCAAGUCUUGGAUAUUUCUACACUGAUGUUUAUAAUUUUGUAUAUGUAUGAAUGAGAGAGAAGUGUGACUUGUUGACGUUCAUCCUAGAAAGAGAAGAAAAAAAUAGUAUGUGUUCUAUUAAAAAUAUAAAAAACGAUACUGCCAAACGUUACAUAAAAAAGCAAAUACUGUUUUCCUUUUUUUAAAAAACAAAGUAUUAGCUCAUAUCACGUCUGCCGUAUCAUUAAACCUUUUUUUUUAUCCCAUUUCUUAUUUUGUAAUAUAAAACUUAAAUGUAAAUUUUUAAUAAAUAAAUGUUAAUGUUAAUUUAAAAAA